AUGGGCCGUAACUCGCACGUCCAGUGGCUUCGAGCCCUCGAAACCAAGAUCGAACAACCCGAAGGCGAGCCCUCUGGUCUGCCAUAUGGGCCUCCUGGUGCUGCGGGAGAUGCUUUCAACCAGCGUGCUGAAGCGCUCAGUGGCCGUCAACGGCACAACGAUAAUCGGCAUCCCCCCGAUCAAGAUCAAUCCUCCGGCUACUACUUUUACCUUGACAAGUCCAACAUCGACAUCGAUAUCGGUGAUCCACAUGUCGUACCUUCUGCUGAUACGGCUGAGAGUCUGUUCGAGUACUACAAAGCAGUCGUUCACAGUCCGUUCCCAAUUCUAGACGACAUAUUCGAAGCUCAACUGCAAAUGUUCUUCACCAGGGAUCAGGGUAGCCCUAGAUUGGUCGUAUGUCCAAAGUGGAAAGCUGUUAUGAACCUUGUUUUCGCUAUUAGUGCACGCUACUCACAUCUCAUUGGUGCAGAAUGGCGAGCAGACGACCACGACCAUCUAGUGUACAUGUGGAGGGCGGUACACCUCCUGCAGCUUCAGUCCAUCAACACUCUAGUUGCGCAGCCCGAUCAAAUGCUGAUACAGGCGUUCGGUCUUCUCUCUCUCUAUUAUCUGACAAUUGGCCACGUCAGCAGAGCCUGGUACAUGAUUGGCAUCGCCAUCCGCCAUGCACAAGCUGCAGGUUUGCAUCUUAGACACGAAGAUCCUUCCAUCUCUCCUAAGAGGAGGAAGGCACUAGCCCAGAUCUGGUGGUCACUUUAUUCCAUUGAAUGUGUUCUUACUUCAAUAACGGGACGUCCUCGCACUGUAAGUGCCUUAGACUGUACAGUACCGCCACCGGGCGCAAAAGGAACUGAAAUGGAGACCCCGUCAUGGGAAACCAUCAUAUCUCCUGCAGUAAGCCAGGUCUCCGAGUCUUCUGCUGGUGAGCCCGCAACCGGUAGGGGCGUAGAUCCAUUCUAUGUAGCCUACGUUAGGCUCGACAUUCUUAUGGACAAGAUUCUAUCAGGCCUGUACUCCGCGCAAAAGUCUGCCAAGUCCUGGAAGGCUGCGCAGAAGGAGAUCACUUCGCUGUCUGAUGAGUUGGAAACAUGGGCUUUACAUUCCCUCAAUCGAAGUCCAGCUGCGGCAACCGCCGCUACGUCAGAGCACAAUUUGAGUCGAGAGCAGCUGCUACUUCAUCUCUUAUACCACAACGCCAAGAUCUGCAUCACUCGGCCCUGUCUAUGCCGGCUGGACCUGCGCAUAAAGAAACAGAGUGAAGAGUCGGUUAGAUUCAACCAGAAAACUGCAGAGGCCUGCAUAGGUGCGGCUUUAGAUAUCACCUCCAUGUUGCAAGACCCUCCAAACCCUGCAUGGUAUUACGAGAACGGUCCGUGGUGGUGUGCUGUUCAUAUCAUCAUGCAAGCCCUUACGGUCCUACUUCUUGAGAUGUCGCUAGAUGGUAUUCACUUGACGGUCGAAAAGUCACAUAUCACAUCUUGCAUCGACAAGCUUAUACGAUGGUUGAGUUCGAUGAAGUCCGAUGACGCAGUCAGCGAGAGUGCAUACAACGUUGUGGCUAGAGUGUUGAAUAAGCAGAGCAAACAAGAAGCGGCCCAUCGACAACUACCCCAGCCACAGCCGACUGAUCAGCAUCAACAGCAACGCGAUACACAAGACACGACCUUUGACUUGCAGCAGCAAUACCAUCCGCACGGUCCCCUUGCAUUACAACAGUCGGGUAUAGCAUGGCCAAGCACUGACCCAUUCAAUAGCAACGACUUCUACUCGCAAUCCACCACAGGCAGCUUCCACUCCAACGAUGUCUCUGGGAGUGAAUAUCUAAACGGCCCUAAUGCAGGGCUUAUGGAUUUUGGCCAGCCACUGAACCUGUUCUAUGGAAAUCCUUACGAAGCGACUUUCGAUCGGUGGGAAUGGGAUCCGGCGGCGUUUGAGGAUCUCGAUCUGGGACAGCAGCAAGGCCCCAGCGGAGGCCAAGACGGGGUUCAAGGGUACGGAUACAGUGGUAACUAA